ACUCUGUCUCCAAACUCUCCUCUCUUCCGCUGCUCCACGUCUUGCCUCGUCCAGCUCCCAACUCCAACUCUCGCUCCAAUUCCCGACUCCCCAAUUUAUCCACGCUCUCAUCACACCCCAAUUAAUCAACCUGCGUCCCAACGGCGCUUCGCGUGCCCGUGCACCUGUUACUUUGCCAGACUUCAAGACGCCACUCCAGCCUUGACAACAACACCAACCAAUCACAGCCGUCCUUGGCUCCCCCAGCUUAAUUGCCCUAACAUAACCUGUACUGUAUUUGCCUUCGCUACAGGCUGACCCAACAUAACCCAUAAUGUCUUUGUUACCAUGCAAUCACACUGUUUGCACUACAUACCUUCCUACUCCACUACACAUGUAGCAACAUGCGUUUUAGAGUAUUGGGCUGCUCUACAUUUUCUCGCGAUGAGUUACUGCGUUGGGCUAUCCUUUGUGGUCAAGUCGCUUCUGAAAAUAGAGCUAUAUUGCUCAGUGGUCUCGACGUAAAAUAAAAAUAGCAAAAACGGUAGUUAUAUUCAUGGGACCUUUUUGUCAGUAUCCAAAAUAUACUGUUCGAUUGUUGGCGUUCUCUGAUCUAACACCGACAAGAAGACUGUCUCUGGUGUACACCAAUCAGUUUCAAAGACAAUGCAAACAUCAGAGCAUGUUGGUUUGCAUGUUUUGCCACAGGUAUGUAUGCGUGGUUAAUGCAGAUUUGAUUCCGUGUUUGAACAUCUUAACACCAAUUUUAUUUUUCAUCACGGACACUGCGUCACCUUCACGAGAGGAUCCUUGAGAGGGCAAGUGAAUAAUCUCUGCGCUUAUCCCACCAAACUCAGCCGCCCUCAUUAUCUCCCCUCUUUCUAAGUCUCUAAUACAUCUGUGACUCUGUGCUCCCGUGCACGCACCCGAAGUCUCCGUUACCUCUGCUGUUGUUAUCCGACAAACGUUUUUCACAUCUCUCUCCCUUCUCUGUGCGUGUGCAGCCGACAGCACUCUGUGCGUGUGCACAUACCUCGACUGCCAGGCGCCCUCCGGCUCACCUUCUGCAACGUCUAUUACACUCUACCUCACUUCCCCUGUAGUAUCUCUCGCAUUCUAUAACGCGCUCUCUCUCCUAUUACAAGACUGUAAUAUAUCUCUCCCAAUGAAUCUCUAGUGCAGCGGUAUCUCCUCGACCAUCAGCCACUGCACACAUCUCCAGUACAAUUAACCGUUGUACAGAUAUCCUUCUCUCAGAUAUCUCCUGAAACAUCGCUCUUCCUGAAAUACUAUUGCUGUACCAGUGUAUACCCCCUUCAUCAAUCUCUCUUCAGCCACACGCGUCUGACCAGAGCUCUCCCCGUCUCAUCUGCCUCUCUCUAUCUGCCAAUCGCCUCUCUCAACCCUCGGAGCCUCCUGCCGCACUGGGUCUCUUCUCAUCUCUGUUAGUCUCCCAGCCCCACCAUCUCCACGUCCGUCUGCGCCUUCCACGGCUGUCGCGUUCGUCGUCAGUCAGGGAGGGAGAUGCUGAAGAGACGCUUCAGCGAGUUCGUCUUGGGCCGCCAGGAAGUCGUCACGGGCAAGUCGGAUCUGCAGGCUGCCCGGGAGAGUUCCAUCCGCCACUGGAGCUCGGCGCAGGAGCUCGCGUACCUGUGGUGCGACAGCGACUCGGACGAGUCCCGCAACUCCCUCGAGUCCGUGCGCGCCGCCCACGCGGGACAGCCGCGCAGGAGCAGCUACUAUUACGUCUCCGACGAGGAUGAUUGUGGUGGUGGUGGUCAUAAUGAUGCCGAUGAUGGUGGCGGGGGUGGUGGUAGUCAUCAUCGUCGUCAUCGCGAGCGCGGGACCGACUCCGAAGAUGAUGAUGGUGGUCAUGGCCACCAUCACGGUCAUCGUCAUCAUGAGCUCCAAGACGCUGGGAGAGGAGACGGCAGCAUAGAUGAAACCCGAGGAGGUGGGGGUGGCAGAAGCACUCACGACGGCGGCGCCCUUCCCAGAAGCCGCACCACGGACGUGAGCGCGCGCCCGGCUCCCGGCGCGUGCAGGGGGCCUGGUGAGAGGCUGCUCCGCAUCAAUGUGGGAGGGCAGCGAUUUCGCAUUCCCAGACACGCGGUGACCAAGUACCCGAGGACCAGGCUGGGCCGUCUGGCCGGCCACACGGAGCAGGAGAGGCGCCUGGACCUGUGCGACGACUUUUCACCGAGCCGGCGUGAGUACUUCUUCGACCGCGACCCGCUGGCGUUCGCGCACGUCUUCAACUGGUACAGCGCCGGCACGCUAUGGGUGCGCGACUCGCUUUGCCCGCGCAACUUCAUCGAGGAGCUCGAGUACUGGGGCGUCAGGCCCCGUCACGCCAAGCUCUGCUGCAGAAUCCUCUUCGAGGAGCGGCAGGACGAGAUCUCGGACUUCCUCAAGGUCCAGCGAGAGCUCGAGGGCGAGCUGGAGAGCGAGACGAGCGACGAUGGGUUCGACGGGAUGCGCCUGGGCGAGGUGCGCCGCGGCCUCUGGACCCUCACGGAGAAGCCCUUGUCUUCUUUCGCCUCCAAGCUCGUGUCCGUCACGUCCACCCUGUUCGUGCUGCUGUCCAUCGCGGCGAUGACCAUGAACACGAUGAGCGAUGGGCUGUUCGGAAGCGGAGCUGGCGGCGGCGUCGGCGCGGCGGCGGCGUGGGGCAACUGUCCCACGCCGCUCGACCACGUGGAGACUGUGUGCAUCGCCUUCUUCACCGCCGAGUAUCUGCUGCGGCUGCUCUGCACGCCCAACCUCAGGCGCUUCAUGCGCAGCGUCCUCAACGCCGUCGACGUCAUCGCCAUCAUCCCCUUCUACAUCCAGGUGCUGUUAGAGCAGGUGGUGAGCGAUCGCUUCGACGUGGAGGUGCGCACCGUGGAGAAGGUCGGCAAGCUGGGCCAGGUGCUGCGCAUCAUGAGGCUCAUGCGCAUCUUCCGCAUCCUCAAGCUGGCGCGCCACUCGACGGGGAUGCGAGCGUUCGGUUUCACGCUGCGCCAGUGCUACCACCAGGUCGGCUGCCUCUUCCUCUUCAUCGCCAUCGGCAUCUUCAUCUUCUCGGCGCUGGUGCACUCGGCGGAGCACGACUCGCCCGGCACCAACUUCACCAGCAUCCCCGGCUCGUGGUGGUGGGCCGCGGUGAGCAUCUCCCAGGUGGGCUACGGCGACAUCUACCCGGAGACGGUGCUGGGCCAGGCGCUCGCCUUCUGCUGCAUCUCGUUCGGCAUCAUCCUCAACAGCCUGCCCAUCUCCAUCCUGUACAACAAGUUCUCGGGCUACUACAACAAGCUCAAGGAGCACGAGUGCACAUCACGGCCGCGGCAGCGGGGCCGCCUGGACAUCAGCAGCCGUGCCUACCGCAAGCUGUCCCGUGUGCUCAGCAUCUGAGCCCCCCCCCCUACCCCC